AAUGCGUAUGCCAGUCCGUUAUCCAUAAAACAAGUCUUCCAAAUGUCGGAGAAGCAAUAUGUUUGGGUGGCUGUGUCAGCUUUAAGCCGACGCAAAAGAUGGGCCGAUAUCGAGCGAGUUUUGACGAGCAAAAAGCUGUUAGGCGGUGUGAAAUACGCCUGCCCGUUUGCGUGGCGACACUUGUUUAAUCUUAUUUCUAUGAAUGAGGAGCCUCCGAAGGAUGUAACUUUUCAUUUCCUUUUUUUAUUCAUUUUUGUGCAAUACGCAUGA